AUGGCAGAUGAAGAGCAUAUUCGGCAUUGCAUGCUUUACGAGUUCCAGUUGGGAAGAAAAGCAAAUGAGGCUGCAAAAAAUAUCUGUAGUGCUUUUUGUCAAGAUACUGAAGCACUUCAGGCUCUUUUGGUUAGAAAUCCUCAAAUAACGCAACAAGAGCUUGCGACAGCUUUAAACUGUUCGCAAAAAACUAUUUGCAAUCAAUUGCGGUCACUUGAGCAAAUUGUUACCGGAGAUGAAAAAUGGGUGCUUUAUGUUAAUCUGAAGAGACGGCCACAAUGGUUGGACAAAAGCGAAGCGCCGCAGCCCACGCCAAAGCCUGACUUGCAUGCGAAAAAGGUGAUGUUGUGUGUUUGGUGGAAUUUUAAAGGAAUUCUUCAUUAUGAACUCUUACCAACCAACCAAACCAUUACAAGUGAAGUGUAUAGUGCACAAUUGGAAAGGUUAGACCGAGCUUUGAGAGAAAAAGAACCCGCGCUGAUUAAUCGGAAGGACGUAAUUCUUCAUCACGAUAACGCACGACCGCAUACUGCAAGAAUCACGGCGGAAAAACUACGCCAGUUGGGAUGGGAAGUUCUCCCACAACCUACAUAUUCUCCAGAUAUUGCCCCAUCCGAUUAUCAUUUGUUUCGUUCCUUCCAAAAUUUUCUUCUUGGAAAACAUUUCAAUAAUCAAGAGUGCCUCAAAAACGCCUUGACCGAAUUUUUUGAAUUAAAAUCACAAGAAUUUUACAAUAGAGGGAUUAAGAUGCUACCUGAGCGUUGGGCACAAGUAGUUGAAAACAACGGCGACUAUAUCGUUGAUUAA